CUAUUUAUUCGUACCAGACUGUUGAGAAAGGUUGGGAUUUGAGACUAGGUGAGCUGGCUCGAAUUAGAAAGGGGCUGCGUUAUAUUUUUGGAGUCGCCACUAUCAUUAGCUGGUAAGUCAGAAACCCAUACCUCGCCAACCAUCUAUUGAGCUGCGGCUGAGGAGUAAUAUGCCAUUACUGCAAGAAGCCCGGGCACUUGCUCAAAGAAUGUAGAAAGUUGCUGUUCAAAAAUCAAGGAAAUCAGCUUGCUCAUGUUGCUUCCGCUACAAGUUCAUUUGAUGGAUCAAUUGCUAUUUCUUCAGACGAGUAUGCUAAAUUUAUUUGCUACCAAGAAUCUCUAAAGCAUUCAUCUACCCCUAUCUCGGUAGUCGCAAAUUCAGGUAUUUCAAACACAUGUCUUGUUUCAUCAUCCUCAAAAUGGGUCAUUGACUCAGGUGCCACAGAUCAUAUGACUGGUAAUCCUAGUCUAUUCUCAUCAUUUCACUCACAUUUACCUGCUUCCAGUGUCACUUUAGCAGACGGGUCUACCUCACCCGUUCUUGGAUCUGGUACUGUUGUACCAACUUCUACAUUACCAUUAUCGUCUGUUUUGAGUCUUCCUAAUUUUGCAUUUAAUCUGCUUUCCAUCAGUAAAAUCACACGUACUCUUAAUUGUUCAGUAACAUUUUUUCCGGGAUAUUGUGUGUUUCAGGAUCUGUUAACGAAGCAUACUAUUGGUCAAGGACAUGAGUCGGGUGGUCUUUAUAUUUUGGAUACAUCAAUUACAAAAGGUAUCUCUUGCCUUGGGGUUGGAAAUCUAUUAGAAGCUCAUUAACGAUUAGGACAUCCAUCUCUCUCACUAAUGAAGCAAUUAUAUCCUCAGUUUAAUAAGGUGUCUUCUAUACAAUGUGAGUCGUGUGAGUUUGCUAAACAUCAUCGCACUAGUUUAAGUCCCCGACUUAAUAAACGAGCAAAUGCUCCGUUUGAUCUUGUCCAUACUGAUGUUUGGGGGGCAUGUCCAGUUGUGUCCAAACCUGGUUUCAAAUAUUUUGUCACUUUUGUUGACGAUUAUUCUCGUAUGACAUGGGUUUAUUUUAUGAAGCGCCGAUCCGAGUUAUUUACUCAUUUCUCUGCAUUUUGUGCUGAAAUUAAAACUCAAUUUAAUGUUCCUGUUCGUGUGUUAAGGGGAGACAAUGCCCAAGAAUAUUUAUCUGCUCCAUUUAAAUCUUUUAUGCUUCAACAUGGCAUUAUUCAUCAAACUUCAUGCGUAGACACACCUCCUCAAAAUGGAGUUGCUGAAAGAAAGAAUCGACAUCUGUUAGAAACUGCAAGGGCUCUUCUAUUCCAAAUGAAUGUGCCUAAACAGUUUUGGGCUGACGCUGUGUCUACUUCAUGUUUUUUGAUCAAUCGUAUGCCAUCUUCUGUUUUGGAUGGUAAAACUCCUUAUCAAUGUCUUUUUCCAAAUAAAGAACUUUUUCCUAUUCCACCUAAAAUAUUUGGUUGCACUUGUUUUGUUAGAGAUGUUAACCCUCAUCGGACGAAAUUGGACCCCAAGUCAUUGAAAUGUAUUUUCUUGGGUUAUUCUCGAGUUCAAAAGGGGUAUAGAUGUUUUUGUCCAAGUACAGGUCGAUAUCUUAUUUCUAUUGAUGUCUCAUUUCAUGAAAAUACACCAUUUUCAUCAUCCAAGACAGAUAUUCAUGAGGACAACGAUGAAAUACUCAUUUACACAGUUACUAUACCUGAGACCACACCUUCAGUAACUAUGUCGAAUGUCACUGUUCCUGACCCUAGACCUCCUGUACACUUGGUUUACACCCGUCGACACAAAGCACAAGAUCACUCCCCACCUGUGACACCUGUGAUUACAUAUCCUGAUACUGGUCCGACUUCGAUCUCAUGUCUUGAACCAGUACCUGCAUCUUCAGAUCUUGUCUCUACAUCUGAUCUUGACCUCCCGAUAGCACUACGUAAAGGUACACGGUCUUGUAGUCAUCCUAUUUCCUCAUUUGUGUCAUACAGUCAGUUAUCUCCUGCCUCAUGUUCUUUUGUUGCUUCCAUUGAUUCUAUUUCUGUUCCCAAAUCUGUUAAAGAAGCUUUGUCUCAUCCUGAAUGGCGUCAUGCCAUGGUAGAGGAAAUGAAUGCUUUGGAUCUUAAUGGUACUUGGGAUUUGGUAUACUUGCCUUCAGGGAAGAAGUCUAUUGGAUGUAAGUGGGUCUUUGUUGUUAAGGUUAAUCCAGAUGGAUCUGUUGCUCGAUUGAAAGCUCGAUUGGUUGCAAAGGGUUAUGCUCAAACCUAUGGUGUUGAUUAUUCUGACACUUUUUCUCCUGUUGCUAAAUUAACAUCUGUCAGGUUACUUAUCUCACUCGCUGCAACUCAUGAUUGGCACUUACACCAGUUGGACAUUAAAAAUGCAUUCUUACAUGGUGACCUUCAGGAGGAAGUUUAUAUGGAGCAACCUCCGGGAUUUGUUGCUCAGGGGGAGUAUGGGAAAGUUUGUCGACUUCGCAAAUCUCUUUAUGGUCUGAAACAGAGUCCUCAUGCAUGGUUUGGGAAAUUCAGUCAAUCCAUUGAACGGUUUGGAAUGAUAAAAGGUCAAUCAGAUCACUCUGUCUUUUACAGAAAAACAAAAGCAGGUAUCACAUUGCUUGUGGUGUAUGUCGAUGAUAUUGUGAUUACAGGAAGUGAUACCGCAGGUAUUUUGGCCCUUAAGAAUUUUCUUCAUAGCCAAUUCCAAACAAAAGACCUAGGCUCAUUGAAAUACUUUCUGGGUAUUGAGGUAACACGGAGUAAGAAAGGCAUAUUUCUAUCUCAGCGUAAAUAUGUACUUGAUUUACUAACUGAAACAGGGAAAUUGGGAGCAAAGCCAAACACAACUCCCAUGGUUCCCAAUGUGCAACUCACUUCAGAAGGCAUACCAUUCGAAGACCCAGAAAGGUACAGAAGAUUGGUUGGAAAGCUUAACUAUCUCGCAGUCACUCGUCCAGACAUUGCUUACUCUGUGAGCGUAGUGAGUCAAUAUAUGUCAUCUCCGACAGUUAAUCGCUGGAAUGCAGUAGAGCAUAUAUUAUGUUACUUGAAGGGGACACCAGGACGAGGUAUUGUUUACCAAAAUCAUGAUCACAUGAGAAUAGAAUGCUUUGCAGAUGCUGAUUGGGCUGGAUCUAAAGAUGAUAGGAGAUCCACAUCUGGCUAUUGCGUCUUUGUUGGUGGUAAUCUCGUCUCUUGGAAAAGUAAGAAGCAAAAUGUGGUUUCUCGUUCGAGUGCUGAAUCAGAAUAUCGGGCUAUGGCACAAUCGGCAUGUGAGAUAAU